GACAGCAGCGAAGUCCCACCGGGCGCCUCCGCGGCUUAAAACCGAAACGGGGGCGAGUGGGCGGUAGAGCCCGCCCCCUGCGCACCGCGGCUGGGAGAGAGAGGAGGUGGGAGAGAAGGAAGAGGCGGAGGAGGCAGCGGGCUCCGAGGCUCUGGGACUCGCAGGCAGGCCGGACCGACGCGCAGAGCCGGGAGCCGCAUCGCAGCUGCAGCGGCGGGCUCGGGCGGGCCUCGGGGGUGGUUCACCCGCAUGAGCAUCCGCCCACCCGGCGAGCCCCCGAGCCCAGGCGGCGAGGCCAUGGCCGAGCUCAAGUCGCUGUCGGGGGACGCGUACCUGGCACUGAGCCACGGCUACGCGGCGGCGGCUGCGGGUCUCGCCUACGGGGCGGCGCGAGGUCCCGAAGCGGCCCGCGGCUACGGCGCUCCGGGCCCGGGCGGCGAUCUACCAGCGGCGCCCGCACCUGGCGCCCCAGCUGCGGCGGCGGAGAGCAGCGGCGAACAGAGCGGCGACGAGGACGACGCCUUCGAGCAGCGGCGGCGGCGGCGCGGGCCGGGGGGCGCUGGGGACGGGCGGCGGCGGCCGCGAGAGCAGCGGUCCCUGCGGCUCAGCAUCAACGCGCGCGAGCGGCGGCGCAUGCACGACCUAAACGACGCGCUGGACGGGCUGCGGGCAGUCAUCCCCUACGCGCACAGCCCGUCGGUGCGCAAGCUCUCCAAGAUCGCCACGCUGCUGCUCGCCAAGAACUACAUCCUCAUGCAGGCGCAGGCUCUGGACGAGAUGCGGCGCCUGGUGGCCUUCCUCAACCAGGGCCAGGGCCUGGCUGCGCCCGUGGCCGCCGCGCCCUUGACGCCCUUCGGCCAGGCCACCGUGUGUCCCUUCUCGGCGGGCGCUGCGCUGGGCCCCUGCCCUGACAAGUGCGCCGCCUUCUCCGGGACGCCCUCCGCCCUUUGCAAACACUGUCACGAGAAGCCGUGACCGCGCGGGCCCGCGCCCCUCCCGCACGCGUCCUCCGAUCUCCCGUGUGACUGUCGCUCUGCCCGGACAGGAAAGGCCUGGAGGGACCCUGCAGACAGGGAGGAGGCGGCCCGACCUCGCUUCCAGCCUGUGCGCGGCGAACAGUUUGGCGCAGCGGGAAGCGCCAAAGCCGUCGGGACGCGGGAUUGAACUCCGGAGCCGGACGCUGUGCUCUGCGCCCCGGAACUCGUGGCACCCACUGGGCAUUGUCGGGACCCAGCAAGUCUAGGAACGGGGUGGGUACAGCAUUCUUCGGGCACUGCCGUUCGCCCCCGAAAGAAGACCACCGCAGUGUUCCAGGGCCGCGGCGAGGACCGGCACUUGUCAGAUUCCGGACAGGAGGUCCUGACCUGAGGCGCACGGAGGGUGGAGACUAAGCAAAGUCGGACUUAGUGGCUCGUGAUCCUCCCGCAGUGGGCCUCGCGCUCCCGCUCCAGUCGGCCCUUCGUGCUAAACUGCAGGGCAGUGCUCUGUUCCCGAGGACGCGCGUGGCCGGCACCUCCCACCUCGGUGACUCCGCGACUCCGCAGCCCUGAGGAGAGCCCACGAUGGCCGUGUGCAGAGGAGCUGGACCGCGGGCGCAGGAAGACCCCGGGCGAAGAGCUUUCGGCCUUUUCCAAGUAGGAGUUUGUUCUAUUUAUUUGGGAAGUGGACAUCGGCGCCGGCUGCCUCGAAGUCUGCGGGAUUUGUCCCCUAAACGUCCCCUGGCCUCCCGCACCGCCGCCAUCCCCUGCCGGGGACGUCCGCGCGGUGGAGUCGGAUGGAGACCGCCUUGCGGGCCCUCUGCCUCGGAGCGCUGCGUGGAGGAGGGUCCUAACAGCCCGCGCCCUACUUAACCCUGGACGGUCAGGGGAGGGCCCCGUCGUCUAGCCCUGGUGUCCAGCAAAGCCCCCUCCCCACCGAUCCCCUCGCGCUUCGGAGGGAGGAGGCCGGGCUACGGGAUGGGAACAUGAGAAGAGGCACCUCUUCGUAAAGGACAAACACCGUUCUCCUGAAAGGAUGGGUGAAAUGCACAAACGGUCUCCAACCCCAAAGCCACUCUGGCUUCCCCAUCGCUCUCCGAAGACCUCCUGUUGGAAGCAGCCGCCAGAGGCUCCUCAACCCUGGUUAAUCCAGCAGAGUGAUUACAGCAAUUUUCUAAUGUGAAUUUGCUUGUGAUAUGUUUUUAGUCUUUAAUCGCUUUUGGCAUCCCAUUUGAAGAGAUGGAAAUAGAGGGAUUUGUGAUGUAUUAAAUUAUUUCUCCAACAAUUACCUCUUUGAACUCAUAACCCUGGAUACUGUGUUCCAAUACUCCAACCAAAGUCUGUUUCGUAAAAUUAGAAAGUUGAUGUGCGUUUGCAAAUUUAAUCCCAAAGGGACAAAACCUGUGCUACCCCGAAUGCAGAAAAGGUUCAAACAAUUAGCAAAGUCACCUUUGAUUCAACUGUUUUACUUGUUGUAAAAAGUGAUUUAUGCUGUAUUAUUUCCAA